UCUUUUUUUGCUUCUCUUCUUUCUUUCUUUCUUUCUUUCCCUCCUUCCCUCCUUCCUUGCCAUCAGUGGUGUGUACUGGAGCAUGGCCGCUCUCCCUGGGACUGUACCAAGGAUGAUGCGCCCAGCCCCAGGACAGAAUUACCCACGAACCGGAUUCCCUUUGGAAGUGUCGACCCCUCUGGGCCAGGGCCGGGUAACCAGCUGGGGGGGUUUCAUCAACGGGCGCCCCUGCCCAACACACAUCCGCCACAAGAUCGUGGAGAGCCACCAUGGCAUCCGGCCCUGCGUCAUCUCCCCAGCUCCGGUCUCCCACGGCUGCGUCUCCAAGAUCCUCUGCCGCUACCAGGAGACCGGCUCCAUCCGACCGGGGGCCAUCGGGGGCAGCAAGCCCAGGCAGGUUGCCACUCCGGACGUGGAGAAGAAAAUUGAGGAGUACAAGCGAGAAAACCCUGGGAUGUUUAGCUGGGAGAUCCGGGACCGUCUUCUGAAGGACGGCCAUUGUGACCGCAGCACUGUCCCUUCAGUGAGUUCGAUUAGCCGCGUGCUCCGAAUCAAGUUCGGGAAGAAAGAGGAAGACGAGGAUUGCGAGAAGAAAGAGGACGACAACGAAAAGAAGGCCAAGCACAGCAUCGACGGCAUCCUUGGCGACAAAGGCAACAGGCUGGACGAAGGUUCGGAUGUUGAAUCCGAACCGGACCUUCCCUUGAAACGCAAGCAGCGCCGCAGCCGGACCACUUUUACCGCCGAACAGUUGGAAGAACUGGAGAAGGCCUUUGAGAGGACCCACUACCCAGAUAUCUACACCAGAGAAGAACUCGCCCAGAGGACCAAACUGACCGAGGCCAGAGUCCAGGUCUGGUUCAGCAACCGAAGGGCAAGAUGGCGCAAACAGGCCGGUGCCAACCAACUGGCAGCGUUCAACCAUCUCCUGCCCGGGGGUUUCCCCCCCACUGGGAUGCCAACUUUGCCCCCGUAUCAGCUUCCAGAUUCGACCUACCCAACGACCACUCUUUCCCAAGAUGGAGGAAGCACUGUGCACAGACCCCAGCCAUUGCCACCCUCCACCAUGCACCAGGGAGGGCUUGCAGCCGCCGCGGCAGACUCAACCUCGGCUUACGGGGCCCGGCACAGCUUCUCCAGCUACUCUGAGAGCUUCAUGAACCCGGCGGCUCCAGCGAAUCACAUGAACCCUGUCAGCAAUGGCCUCUCUCCACAGGUGAUGAGCAUCCUCAGCAACCCCAGCGGGGUCCCUCCGCAGCCCCAGGCCGACUUCUCCAUCUCGCCCCUCCAUGGCAGCCUGGACACAGCCAACUCCAUCUCGGCCAGCUGCAGCCAGAGGAGCGACUCCAUCAAGUCUGUCGACAGCCUCCCGACUUCCCAGUCCUACUGCCCUCCGACCUACACCACCACUGGCUACAGCGUGGACCCCGUGGCGGGAUACCAGUAUGGACAGUACGGGCAAACUGCCGUCGACUAUUUGACCAAGAACGUCAGCCUGUCCACACAGCGCCGGAUGAAGCUGGGGGAACACUCGGCCGUGCUGGGUCUGCUACCGGUUGAAACGGGUCAAGCGUAUUGACGAAACCACCCCUACGAAUUCUCCUCCACCGACAAUGAGACACAGGAGAAAUACAUUACAUAUAUAUAUAUGUAUAUGUAUAUGUAUAU